AUGGAAGAAAAAGUUGACGGCUUACCAAAGAGUGAUGAUAAAGAAAUAACAAAAGAACCAGGAGAAACGCUUUUGGAAAAAGGAAAGCAUCUUAAAGAUGAUAUUCUUGGAAUGUUUAAAAAGGGUCAUGGUGAUUACCCAGUUUCUGAACCAUAUAAAGGUAAAUUAGAAGAAACCAAACCUUCAUCUGAAUUAUCAGGAGUUCCAUUGGAUCAACAUGUUGAAGCAAUUCCUUCUGGCCAUUAUGAUAAGUUAAUUAAAAAAGAUGUACCAUUAAAAACUGUCGAUGUAGAAGAAACAAAAGAACCAGGGGAGUCGCUUAUAGAAAAAGGAAAACAUUUGAAAGACGAAAUUCUCGGAAUGUUUAUAAAGGGUCAUAGUGAUUACCCAGUCUCUGAACCAUACAUUGGUAAAUUAGAAGAAACUAAACCUUCAACUGAAUUAUCAGGAGUUCCAUUGGAUCAACAUGUUGAAGCAAUUCCUUCUGGAUACUAUGAUAAAUUAAUUGAGAAAGAUGUACCAUUAAAAACAGUUGAAGUAGAAGAAAAAAGAGAACCAAGUGAAUCACUUUUAGAAAAAGGAAAACAUUUGAAAGACGAAAUUCUCGGAGUAUUUAAAAAGGAUUACAGUGAUUAUCCUGUUUCAGAACCUUAUCUUGGUGAAAUUGAUAACAUUAAUAAACAAUCUGAUCUUGAUCAACAACCGAUAGAUUCACAAGUUUCUAAAUAUCAUGUUGGAUAUUAUGGAACAAUAGAAAAACCAAAAGAAGAAACAAAAGUAAUUCAAAAAGAACCAAGUGAUUCUGGGGACAAAAAAGGAAGAUUUGCCAAGAUUACUAGUAUUUUCAGUGGAAAAUCAAUAGAUUAUCCAGUAGAUUCGGAACCAUAUAGUGGUAAAUUAGAAGAAACUAAACCUUCAUCUGAAUUAUCAGGUGCACCAUUAGAGCAACAUGUUGAAGCAAUACCUACAGGAUACUAUGAAAAAUUAGUUGAAAAAGAUGAACCAUUAAAAACAGUUGAUGUAAAAGAAAUUAAAGAACCAGGAGAAUCGCUUUUAGAAAAAGGAAAGCAUCUUAAAGAUGAUAUUCUUGGAAUGUUUAAAAAAGAUUAUGCAGAUUACCCAGUUUCUGAACCAUUUACGGGUAAAUUAGAAGAAACUAAACCUUCAUCUGAAUUAUCAGGUGUACCACUACAACAACAUGUUGAAGCAAUUCCUUCUGGAUACUAUGAUAAAUUAAUUGAGAAAGAUGAACCAUUAAAAACAGUUGAAGUAGAAGAAAAAAGAGAACCAGGAGAAUCACUUUUAGAAAAAGGAAAACAUUUGAAAGACGAAAUUCUUGGAGUAUUUAAAAAAGACUACAGUGAUUAUCCAGUUUCAGCGCCAUAUUUUGGUAAAUUAGAAGAAACUAAACCUUCAUCUGAAUUAUCAGGUGUUCCAUUGGAUCAACAUGUUGAAACAAUUCCUACAGGAUACUAUGAUAAAUUAAUUAAAAAAGAUGAUAUAUUAAAAACAGUCGAUGUAGAAGAAAUUAAAGAACCAGGAGAAUCGCUUUUAGAAAAAGGAAAACAUUUGAAAGACGAAAUUCUUGGAGUAUUUAAAAAAGACUACAGUGAUUAUCCAGUUUCAGAACCAUAUCUUGGAACAAUUCAUAACAUUAAGAAACAAUCUGAUCUUGAUCAACAACCAAUAGAUUCACAAGUUUAUAAAUAUCAUGUUGGAUAUUAUGGAACGUUAGAAAAACCAAAAGAAGAUACAAAAUUAAUUCAAAAAGAACCUAGUGACGCUGGAGACAAAAAAGGAAGAUUUCCCAAGAUUACUAGUAUUUUUAGUGGAAAAUCAUUUGAUUAUCCAAUGGAUUCAGAACCAUAUAAAGGUAAAUUAGAAGAAACUAAGCUUACAUCUGAAUUAUCAGAUGUACCAUUAGAGCAACAUGUUGAAGCAAUUCCUUCUGGAUACUAUGAUAAAUUAAUUGAAAAAGAUGUACCAUUGAAAACAGUUGAUGUAAAAGAAAUUAAAGAACCAGGUGAAUCACUUUUAGAAAAAGGAAAACAUUUGAAAGAUGAAAUUCUUGGAGUAUUUAAAAAAGACUACAGUGAUUAUCCAGUUUCAGAACCAUAUCUUGGAACAAUUGAUAACAUUAAGAAACAAUCUGAUCUUGAUCAACAACCAAUAGAUUCACAAGUUUCUAAAUAUCAUGUUGGAUAUUAUGGAACAAUAGAAAAACCAAAAAAAGAAACAAAAAUAAUUGAAAAGGAACCAAGUGAUUCUGGUGACAAAAAAGGAAGAUUUGCCAAGAUUACUAGUAUUUUCAGCGGAAAGUCUGUUGAUUAUCCAGUAGAUUUAAAACCAUUUAAAGGUAAAUUAGAAGAAACCAAACCUUCAUCUGAAUUAUCAGGAAUUCCAUUGGAUCAACAUGUUGAAGUAAUUCCUUCUGGCUACUAUGAUAAGUUAAUUGAGAAAGAUGAGUUAUUAAAAACAGUUAAAGUAGAAGAAAUUAAAGAACCACAAGAAUCACUUUUAGAAAAAGGAAAGCAUCUUAAAGAUGAUUUUCUUGGAAUGUUUAAAAAGAGUCAUGGUGAUUACCCAGUAUCUGAACCAUAUACAGGUAAAUUAGAUGAAAGUAAGCCUUCAUCUGAAUUAUCUAAUGUUCCUUUGGAUCAACAUGUUGAAGCAAUUCCUUCUGGAUACUAUGAUAAAUUAAUUGAAAAUGAUGAACUAUUGAAAACAGUCGAUGUAAAAGAAAUUAAAGAACCAGUAGAAUCGUUUUUAGAAAAAGGAAAACAUUUUAAAGAUGAAAUUCUUGGAGUAUUUAAAAGAGACUAUAGUGAUUACCCAGUUUCUGAACCAUAUAUUGGUAAAGUUGAAGAAACUAAGCCUACAUCUGAAUUAACUGGAGUUCCACUACAACAACAUGUUGAAAAAAUUCCUACAGUAUACUAUGAAAAACUUGUAAUACAAGAAAUAGUUGACGGCUUACCAAAGAAUGAUGAUAAAGAAGAAACAAAAGAACUAGGAGAAACGCUUUUGGAAAAGGGAAAACAUUUGAAAGACGAAAUUCUAGGAGUAUUUAAAAAAGAUUACAAAGAUUAUCCAAUGUCGGAACCAUAUAUAGGAGAAUUAGACAAAACAAAGCCUUCUUCUGAAUUACGUGGAUCGCCACUUCAACAAUAUGUUGAAAAAAUUCCAACUGGAUAUUAUGAUAAAAUAAUAACUAAUGAUGAAAAAGUAGAAAUUGUAAAUGAAGGAAAAAUGAAAGAAAUUCUUUUAGAUAAAGGAAAACAUUUGAAGGAUGAACUUCUUGGUGUAUUCAAAAAAGACUACAGCGAUUAUCCAGUUUCUGAACCAUAUGUAGGAGUAAUUGACUAUAUUGGUAAAGAUAAUGAUCUUGAUCAAGUACCAUUAGAUUCACAAGUAUCUAAAUAUCAUGUUGGAUAUUAUGGAACAAUAGAAAAACCAAAAGAACUAAUUGAUACGAAUGACAAAAAAGAAAGAUUGGUUAAAAUUAUGAAUAUUGUUAGUGACAAGACGAUUGAUUAUCCAAUAGAUCAAAAACCAUAUAUGGGCAAAUUGGAAGAAACCAAGCCCUUGUCUGAUUUGGUUGGAAUUCCAUUGGAACAACAUAUUGAAAAAAUUCCUUCCGGUUUUUACGAUAAAAUAAAGAAAGAUGAACAAUUAAAAACAGUUCAAACAGAAGAAACUAAAGAAUCUUUCUUAGACAAAGGAAAGCAUUUAAAAGAAGAUAUUUUUGGAUUAUUUAAAAAGGAUCAUUUGGAAUAUCCGGUUUCUGAACCAUAUAUUGGUAAAAUAGAGGAAAGUAAACCAUCUUUAGAAUUUUGCGGGUUCCCAAUUGAAGAAUAUGUUGAAAAUAUUCCUACUGGGUACUAUGAUAAACUUAGUAAAAAUGAAAAAGAUAAAUCAACAAAAACUGUUAAUUCUGGAGAAGUUAGAGAGCCAAAAGAAUCCCUUUUAUCAAAAGGAAAACAUUUAAAAAAAGAUAUUUUGGGUAUAUUUAAAAAGAAUUAUCGAGAUUAUCCAAUGGAUUCUGAGCCAUAUAUUGGUAAAUUAGAAGAAACGAAACCAUCAAAAGAAUUAUCUGGAGAUUCGUUACAUUCAUAUAUCGAUAAUAUUCCUUUUGGAUAUUAUGAUAAACUUAUUAAACAUGAACCAUCAGCAACUAGCGACACGGCUGAAAUAAAAGAACUAAAAGAAUCACUUUUAGAUAAAGGAAAACAUUUGAAAGAUGAAAUUCUAGGAGUAUUCAAAAAAGAUUACAUCGAUUAUCCAGUUUCAGAGCCAUAUCUUGGAACAAUUGAUAACAUUAAUAAACAUCAUGAUCUUGACCAAGAACCAAUUGAUUCACAUGUUUCCAAAUAUCAUGUUGGAUAUUAUGGAACAAUAGAAAAACCAAAAGAAGAAACAAAAGUAAUUCAAAAAGAACCUAGUGAUUCUGGGGACAAAAAAGGAAGAUUUGCCAAGAUCACUAGUAUUUUCAGUGGAAAAUCUGUUGAUUAUCCAGUAGAUUCAGAACCAUAUAAAGGUAAAUUAGAAGAAACCAAACCUUCAUCUGAAUUAUCAGGUGUACCAUUAGAGCAACAUGUUGAAACAAUUCCUUCUGGGUACUAUGAUAAGUUAAUUGAGAAAGAUGAACCAUUUAAUACACUUGAUGUAAAAGAAAUUAAAGAACCAAAAGAAUCUCUAUUAGAAAAAGGAAGACAUUUUAAAGAUGAUAUUCUUGGAAUGUUUAAAAAGGAUCAUAGAGAUUAUCCUGUUUCUGAACCAUACAUUGGUAAAGUAGAGGAAAAUAAGCCUUCAUUUGAAUUAUCUAGUGUUCCAUUGGAUCAACAUGUCGAAAAAAUUCCUUUUGGAUUCUAUGAUAAAUUAAUUGAGAAAGAUGAGAUAUUAAAAACAGUCGAUGUAGAAGAAAAAAGAGAACCAGGUGAAUCGCUUUUAGAAAAAGGAAAACAUCUUAAAGAUGAUAUUCUUGGGGUAUUUAAAAAAGACUACAGUGAUUAUCCAGUUUCAGAGCCAUAUCUUGGAACAAUUGAUAACAUUAAUAAACACCAAGAUCUUGAUCAACAACCGAUAGAUUCACAUGUUUCUAAAUAUCAUGUUGGAUAUUAUACAAUAAUAGAAAAACAAAAAGAAGAAACAAAAGAAUUUCAAAAUGAACCAAGUGAUUCUGGAGAUAAAAAAGGAAGAUUUGCAAAGAUUACUAGUAUUUUUAGUGGAAAGUCUGCUGAUUAUCCUGUUGAUUCAGAACCAUACAGUGGUAAAUUAGAAGAAAUCAAACCUUCUUAUGAACUUUUUGCAAGUCCAUUAGAUCAGCAUGUUGAGACAAUUCCUUCUGGAUGUUACGACAAAUUAAUUGAAAAAGACGAAUUUCUGAAAGCUGUUGAUGUAGUUGAUAUUAAUGUUGAAUCUGAUCUAGAUAAAGAAAAAUAUAUGAAAGAAGACAUUUCUGGAGUAUUCAAAAAAAAUUACAGUAAUGUUCCAAUUUCAGAGCCAUAUUUUGGAACAAUUGAUAACAUAAAUAAGCAAUAUGAUCUUGAUCAAGAACCAUUGGAUUCAUAUGUUUCUAAAUAUCAUGUUGGUUAUUAUACAGUAGUAGAUAGACCAAAAGAAGAAACUAAAAUAAUUGAAAAAGAAUUUUAUGAUUCUGAAGAUAAGAAAGGAAGAUUUGCAAAGAUCACAAAUAUUUUUAGUGGGAAAUCGCAUGAUUAUCCCUAUGAUUCAGAACCAUAUAUUGGCAAAUUAGAAGAAUCUAAGUUUGCAAGAGAGUUAUCUAAUGUUCCUUUAAAGCAUUGUAUUGAAAAAAUUCCUUCUGGAUUUUACGAUAAAUUACCUGAAAAAAGUGAAAAAAUAAAACUUAUCGAUGAAAGAAAAUUAAAAGAUCAAAAGGAAUCAUUUUUGGAUAAAGGAAAGCAUCUCAAGGAUGAUAUUAUUGGAAUGUUUAAAAAAGACUACAAAGAAUAUCCAACUUCAGAGCCUUAUACAGGAAAAUUAGAAGAAAUGAAACUUUCUUCGGAGUUAUUUGAAGUUCCAUUGGAACAAAUUGUCGAAAAGAUUCCAACUGAAUACUCUUCUGUAGUUACUAAGGAUAUUAACCUCUCAACAAAUAUUUUGGAUAGCACCAAGGACAAAGAAAUGGAAUCAUUGUUACAUUCUCCAACGUCAAAUUAUAAUUAUAAUGCUAAUGAUUUGUCAAAUAAAUAUUUAUCUGAUAGUACUUUAUUGAGAAAUGAUGGAAAUGAUUAUAAUUACAAAGAUGAUUUGAGUCCACAGAAAUAUGUUCAAAGUUCUAAUUAUAGUGAAACUGUGUUACCUAAAGAAGCACUAGAGCAUCAUGUUGAAUCAAAAUCAAAAGAUUUACGUAGUGAUUUGGUUGAUAUUCAUGAUACAUCUUCUUAUUUAUAUUCUAGUAAAAUUGAUGAUACUGAAUUAAUUUCUAAAAAUAUUGAUAAUAGAUUUGAGACAUUAGAUGAUGGAAAUGCUAUCAAAUCUAAUAUUAAUUUAAAAAGUAAUAUUAAAAUUUCUUCUCCAACUGUUAAAGAUUUUAAUGAAUCACAUAUUAUUAAAAAAACUAUUAACGCUAAAAAAGAACAACCUUCUGUUUAUUUGACAACCCCAAUAUUUGAAUCAAAAUUAAAUGAUAAGGAAAAACAAAAACCAAAAGAAAAAUUGAGAGAUUUAUCAGGUAGUAUUACAAAAUCACCUCAACCAAUAUCCCGAGAUACUUUUUCACCUCUUCGACCAAAACCUGUUGAUAAUAUUAUGAAAAUAACAGAUAGUUUUGCACCUUAUCAAAAUUUGCAUAAAUCUAUUAUAAAUGAAAAAAAUAUAGACUUAGUUGGUGACAAUAAACCUGAAAAUAUGAAAUAUUCUAAUAAUUCUUAUAAGAAAGGAAGAUCUGUUUCAUCUCCAUCAAAAAGACAUGUUGAAUUUACUUCUACAUAUUCUGAUUCAGUUCCUUUAUCAAAAUCUUCAAACUAUGAUUUUUCAGGAAACAAUAGUGAUUACCUUUCAAAAUCAAAGUCAUCUAACAUUAUUAUUGAUCCAAAAUCAUUUAAGAUAACUUCAGAAAACAAUUUAUCUAUUAACAAUGAUCCAUCAAAAGUGGGUUCAGAAUAUAUUUCAUAUAAUACACAUUCUUCACCUACCACAUCUAUUUUAAAAAAUUAUUCUGAUAUUCAAUAUAACUAUUUGUUACCAACAACUAUAGAAUAUAGUAAUUUACAUAAUAAUCUUCAUCCUUCACGAUCAUUAUCACCAUCAUUUGAAGUCUACCUUCGAAAGUAUGACGCAAAAAUGAAAAAUCGCGAAUUAAUUAGUAGCAAACCAUUGGCAACAUCUACGCCAAUUCGUAGUUCAUUAAAUAUUAAAAAUUAUAAGUUACCAUCUAAUGAUAAUACAAGCUUUAAACAAUUCGUUGAGACAUAUGAUCGUGAAUCUUCUGAAAAUAAACGUAGAAGACAUAAGGGUUGGACUACAAUAACAGAAACAACAACAAUUACUUAUUCUAAAAGAUUAGAUUCUACAAUAAAUCGUUAUGGUCAAAAUCAAAAAACAGUCACUGAAAAUGUUGUAAUAAGCAACUUCAAUCCACCAUAUAAUAAUAAUAAACAUAUAAGUUCUGUAGAUAGUGGUAAAGCUAUACAUGAUCAUGUUGCUGAAAGUCCAUUACAGACAUUUGAAAGAGAUGGAAAUAAAAGAGAUAUAAUGUUACAAACGGAUCCUAACUAUAAAGGACCUUUAAAUCAUCCAAUUAAUUAUUCUAGAUUAUAUCAUAGAUCACGAAGUGAAUCAAGACCACAUUAUUAUACUUUAAAUAAUACAUUAAAUUAUAAUCGUAAUGGUCGAUCAACAGAACGACAUCCUGAAACUGUAUCUUUUACUCCAGACAACCAACAAAUAAAAAGACGUUUUGAAUAUGAGCAAGCAGUAAGAAAUGCUCCAAUAGAAUUAUCAGGCACUUCAGGUUACAAAACCCGUGCAUCAACUGAACCACUUUAUUCAAUGCAACGUAUUCAAAGAUAUGAUCUUGAUUUUCCUUCAACAAUUCCACCCCCUAACAGUUUACAUUAUCAAAAUUCUGGUCUUAUUGAACAUGAUAAAUCUCUAAAUAAUUUAUACUUAGAUCUUCCUCCUAUAGAAGAAAUUGGAAAAACUUCUUUCGAACAAAGAUAUUCAUUUACAACUGAUGUACCAAACGACAAUGAUGUUAAAAUAGAAAAUAAAGAUACUAGAACUUCAAAUGCACCAUUUAGAAGAGCCCGAACAAAUGUUAAACAUUAUUGUAAUGUCAUAUAA